AAUUUCCACGCGAGGCACCGAGGGGUCCGGCUGGCGGCCCACUGCCCUCCCUGCGCGGGGGUCCUCGUGCUCCUUGCGGCUGCGCGGGGGCUGCCCAGUCAGGCCUGCGUGCUGAUUGGCCUCUGCACAGGGACAGGCCCCAGCGGGCCGGCCGUGCCUCACACGCUGCGUGACACUGGGGCUCUCCAGACAACAGUGGCGUGGCCCCGGCAGCCACUGCCCUGCAUGGUGGACACGACAGGAUGGCCUGCACACAGGAUCUCACCCUGGCCGCCAUGGCACCUGCCUUGCUGAUUCUUCUGGGGACGGUGGCCGUGUCACAAGCAGAUGCACUUCCUGAUGAAACACUCCUACUUCUGCCACCGGUCAAUUUCACCAUUCAAGCCGCCGGGCUGGCGCAAGUCCUGCUGCGGUGGCAACCGCCUCCUGAUGGAGCUGGAGCCAACCUUGACCUGGAGUACCACGUGCGGAUGCACACCCCACAGGAGGACGAGUACGAAACCAGGAGCACUGAGAGCAGGCAGGCCACCCCCCUACACCGCGGCGUGUCGGCCAGCGUGCGGACCAUCUUACGGCGAGACAGCCACUCCCUCCUCGCCGCCAGCCGCUGGGUUUCUGCCAGACUGGAGGCUCCUCCAGGGACUCCAGGAACAGCGGCUGUGAACUUGACCUGCACCACCAACACCGCCGUUGGUAACGACACGCCCUCAGCAUCAUACUGGGUUUCUCUUCGCUGUGCCUGGCUUGUGGGCGAGGCAGCCCCCCAGGACACGCAGUAUUUCCUCUACUACAGGUUCGGCUCCCAGACAGAGGAGUGUUGGAAGUACAGCAGAGACGCGCUGCAGAGAAACAUCGCCUGCUGGUUCCCCAAGACGGCCAUCCGCAGCAAGAGGCCCGACCCGUUGGCCGUGUACGUCAACGGCUCGAGCAAGUUCAUGGCCAUCCAGCCCUUCGACCAGCUGUUUGCUCUGCACGCCAUAGACCAGGUAAACCCUCCGCAGAACGUCAGCACUGAGGUGGCGGGACUGGAAGGAACGCGCGUCUCCAUCCAGUGGGAGAAGCCCGUGUCCGCCUUCCCUGCGCACUGCUUCCAUUACCAAGUGAAGAUAAACAACACGCGGAGGGGCUCCGCCCAGACAGAGCACAGUACAACCAAUGGCUUCACCUCCGUGAUUGACAACAGCUCCAGGUACUGCGUGGAAGUGAGAGCCACAGUGAGCGCCGCGUGCCGGGCAGCCAGCCUCUGGAGUGCCUGGAGCCCGCCCUCCUGCGUGGGCCAUGACAAGCCGAGGCCCUCCCCGGAGCAGCUUCUCCUCGUGUUGCCGGCAACUGUCUGCUUGGUUUUGCUCAUCUGCUCCUUUGUCUGCAAGAUAUGUCACCUGUGGACCAGGGUGUUCCCACCAGUGCCAACACCAAGCAGAAGCCUUGGCAACCUGGAGGCCAUGAGCUACGAGAAGACUGCAUCCCAGGACGCAGAGUCUGAAGUCAUCAUGUACGUGGAAGAGCUGGGGCCCGAGAUGCUGGAACACCCUGUGUUCUGAUGUGCACACACGUGACCCAGGGACGAGACCAGCUGAGGGCUCAGCCUUGGGAUUUCCGGGAUCCCUGGGCACGGUGCUCCCUUGCAGGCCUCUCCUCGUGCCCUCGUGGCAGCUGGCCCUGAGCCUCCUGCCCCCGCUUUGCUCCCACCUCACCUUUGCCACUGCCUGACUCACCCCAAGCUUCUGUGCAUGAGAGACUGUCUGUAAGGCUCGUGUCCAGCAUGUGGGGCUCAGCAGGA